GGAGUACCCGGCUUACGUGAAGGGCAAGAACGAGAGCCACCUUAUGCCUCAGCUCGUGGGUGAUUGGGGCACUCCACUCCCAGGUAGCUACAAGGAGUGCAUGACCAUGAUCGGGCCAGAUGUGGAGGUUGGUUUGUCCAAGGGCACACCUUGGGACCCGAUGGGCUGGAGCAAGCUCUAUGAUCGUAACUUCGAGUUCAACGGCAACAUGGUCUUCCCGCACGUGCAGUGGCUCCGGGAGUCCGAGCUGAAGCACGGGCGAUGUGCGAUGCUAGCAGUUGUUGGGAUCUUUGCACAGGGCGCCACGCACAUCCCUGGCUACCCAGAGGCUCCUUGGUACGAGGCCCUGAAGCAGUGCUACGACCACCCGCAGGGCAUCGUAG